UUGACUUAUUUGUUUGUUGGGCUUAUAUUUUAAGUUUGUUUAGUAUGUUUGGGAUGUAAGAGAUUCCGGGUUUGUGGUUACUGUUAGUCAGUGUUGCCGUAAAAGUUAAAACCAACCAGAAAGGAAAAGUUUGAUCGAGACUGCGUAGCCCGUAACAGCUGUUUUUAAUGUUUACUGUUUCUCUAUAGUUUUGUCAUCUUGGCGUUGCGAAUUCGUACAUGGCUGUGACGCAUUGCAACGUUACCGGCCGGCGUUUUAAAACAGUUUAUUGCUAUUCCACCAGGCAGCAAUUUUAAUUUUAAUUAUUUUGAGAAAAUAUUUCCUCAAAAUUAUCGAAAUGGGACGAAGCUCAACCUCAUGCUCCUCAAGUGCUUCGUACAAUUGUGAUGAGUCCAAAAGAUUGCGGAGCAAAGAUCAUCAUCACCAGAGUUAUCACCGUCGUCACCGUACACGAAGAGAAAAAAGAAGAGAUCAUCGAGAUGAGCGAAGACAGGCAUGGUUAAGACAGCAAGAGAGAGAAAAAGAGCAUGAGAGACUAAAGAAAAGGAUGAUUUUAGAGUAUGAACUGAAAAGAGAACAAAUCAAGCGUUAUUCGGGGGAACACUCGAGAAAAUCCUCGCGUCGAAGUCGAUCAAGUCAAAGUAGAUCGCAGCAUCAUCGCAGAAGCGAUCCUAAACCUACGGCUAUGGCACAAAUAUUUGAGUCAUCAGAUUUAAGUACUCCCUUAUUCGAGGGUGGUUCGGGAAUUGCUGGCGCAACUGUUGCAAACAGUCAACUUCAGCGUGAAAGUGUGAAUCCGGGGGAAAUCAUGCUGCAUUGGCGACAAGAUUUACUUGAUCCGUACUUUCCGAAGUGGUCGAUCAACAACUCGCGACAAUUUCGUUUGGAAACUAUGUUAAAUCUGCAAACUCGUAGCACUCCUGAUUACUCAAAAUUGAACAACACGUCCACUGUUUUCUGUUUUGUACCUCCCUUGGUUUCUGAAAUGUCGGAUAUUUCAAGUUCUCAGCACGUUGAACGGGCAGAACUCGUUACCACAAAGAGACAACACACAUGCACCACCAACAGUUUAGUCUACAACGACUCAACUACAGGUAUGAAAAUGGCAAAUUUAACUAGUGAAAUUGCAAAAAUGCCAGAGAAAACAGGGAGUGACAAAUCAAUUAUAACUUUACGAGUAGAAUAUAUAUCAGACGACAGCUAUCUUCAUGAAUCAGUUCAGAAAACUUAUAUCCCUGAUUACAAGAAUCACGACGAGAAUUAUUCUUAUAAUUUUCUCUCGUCACUGCGAAACAAUUCCUGAAUAUACAAAAAUAGAGAAAACAAAAAUUGCCCUGUCCUACACUAUUUUUUGUCUGGAAUGAUUCCGAUCAUUUUUUAUAGAUAUUUGAACGCUGAUUUCAAAUCUGGCCACAAAAAUUCUCCAUUGAGUCAAGUUUUUGAGACAAACAGGUUGAAAUCUCCCCAACAGCUUUUUAUUUGAGUCUCCUACUUGUCAUUACGUAAAAUUAUAGUCAAAGGUGUUAGAUUUAAUUUAAGUCUAAGUAAAAGGUUCUAUUAUGUAUCGUUAAUUUUUUACAAACACCUAAAUGUGUCCAAAAACGCGUUUUUCAAUUCUUAAACAGCGUUUUUCUUAAGAACUUCAUAUGAUGGAGGUUUUUUUUAUGAAAAAUUCAGAAUCAGCGUAAAAAAAUCUCUAAAAAUAAUCAGAAAAAGUCAAAAGACAAAAAACUUUAAUUUUUGUAGUACAGUGUUGUCGUAAUCAUUCUGUGAAUUUUUUUUCUCUCAACCAGAUUAAACCUUAUUAAAAAUUUUAUUUGUAAUAAACCACAGAAUCAUUCAGACAAUAUCGAACCAUUUUUGUUUAGCUUUUUUAACAUUUAAUUUACUUUUUAUAAUAUUUAGUUGAGAAUUAUUAUUUAUAACAGUUACCAUUAUAGAUUUAAGAUCCAGGUAUAGAUUCAGAUUGUUCUGAGAAACAAAAACCAAAUUAUUAUUGUGCUUUAAAAAGUUACUUUUUAAUAUUAUUAGUAUAUAUUUAUACACUAACGGUAUAAAUUUUGCGCCCACUUACAAACCUUGUAUUAAACACGUAGUUGUCUUAGAAAGUAUUGUCUAUAAAUAGAGGCAGAGAUAGCAUGUGAGAAAGAUGGGUAUAUAUUUUCCGAUUUUUGACAAUUUUCAUCACUUAAAAUCGCUUAAAAAUGAAAUAGAGCAAUACAAAAUUUAAAAUAGCUUCCGAAAUAUUACAAUAAUUGUAAAUUAGUGCUCGAAACGAAAAUCACAUUUUUCCAUAGUAUGGACAGCAAUCGUCAGUCAAACGCGUUAUUUUCGUCUUGAGUUCCAGCCCAUAUUCAUUGUGACAUUUCUGAAACUAUUUUCCUUUGCCUCCCUAUACACUUCAGCAAUUCGAAGUUGAGUGAUGAAAAUUUACCAAGAUCGGAAAUGACAUCCAUCUCUGUCAUUAAUCUAAAAUACUUAAAAAAGGGCUCAUUUGAUAAGAAAUUUUUUAAGCUUUCCAUUUUUUACUGAUCUUUCUAACUCAAUUUUUUUUACAAAGUUCUCUACAUUCUAAGACAACCAUGUUUUUAAUAUGAGUUUUGAAAGAGGACGCACAAAUUUUUACAUUUAGAGUACGUAUAUAGUCUUUCAAAAAGAUUUAUAAAGAAUGCUUCGUGCAUCAUUAAAAUUAGAUACAAAUUUAAUACAAGUCAGCUUUUAAGAUAUGAAUAUUGUCGCAAAAAUGUGAUCAGGCGAUAAAUUACUCCUAAAAAAUCCAUGAAAUGUAUAAGCAGAUAAAUUUUUCAAUUAGUUACAUUUCGGAAAGGCGCAUGUAAUAUUGAAUUCAUUAAUUUAUAAGACUAUAAACUAUAAAUAUUUCAUAAAUUACAGCCAAAUAAUUUGAAGUUAUGAUUUUUUUUUAGUAAACUUUGACGAAAUUAUCAGGCUUGUAAUUAUAUAAGCAUACAUCCGUAUAUACCACGAAGAAUGUUUACAAAUACUUUAUCUGCCAUUCUAGUAAUGGUUCUAUAAUUUCACAGCUGUGUGACAUGUCUAAUAUUGAAUUGUAUUAUUUAGUAGUAACAGUAAAAAGGUUUAGCGUUAUAUAAGAUAAAUAAUGGGUGUAGUUGUUUUGAAUCAUAUAUCACAUAAAUCACUGACAAAUAGUUUUUUAAGAGUAUCUUGGCAUUGGUUUGAAACAAAGUUAAAAUGAAUGUAGAUCAUAUUCUGUUUUUUAUCACAAUAUAAUCGAGCCUGAAGAACUCCUAUUAUUUCGGCGAUUCAACGUCUUUAUCAGAGAUUAUAUCAUGCAUAAAAAAAUGAUGGAUUAAAUUUUGAGUUACUUAAGUUAAAUGUUUAUAAAUAUUUAUCAUAUU